AUGUUGGGCUUUUCCAACGUCCAAGCUGAAUGGCUAUGUUGGGAUUAUGCUAUGCCCAUCAUCCCUAUCACUACAACCGAAACAUUGCCAGGCUGUCUCGAAUCACUUCAACAAGACAACAGCAAAAAAAGUUCCCAACCCGGUGCCGGUGCAAACAUCGCCAGUCGAGACCUGCUGCGCGGGUGUGUCUAUGGGAAACCGCUGUCAAGAGACCAAGUCAAUAUCUUGACGGGAAUUACAUCUGGGUUUGGGGAUCUUGCCAGCCGUUCUUCUCUUCCAAACGGUCAGGCUGUUAUCCGUGAAUACCUGGGUAAUGAAGAUGGUGAACGACUUCUGUCAUUUCUUACCAAUGACUUUUCCAAGACUCAAGGCCAAGCCUGA